AUGUCAAAAGCUUGUGAGAGAGUCGCUCUAGAUCAAUUCAGCUCAUAUUUAACAAUCAACCAUCGUUUAUCACCUCAUCAAACCGGAAACAGGAAAGCCCACUCCACUGAGACUCUAAACAUUCUCGUAAGUGACACAAUGUUGGAAGCAAUCGAUAAAAAGAACGUAACAGCAGUAGUUUUAUUAGACAUGUCAAAAGCCUUUGACAGCGUAAGCCAUCCAAUUCUCCUUCAUAAAUUGAAAUGUGUCGGCGCUUCUUCGCAAGCUGUCGGAUGGUUUGAGAGCUGUUUGUCGGGUAGAAGACAAUAUGUACGUAUUGGAUCCACAGUAUCAUCCGUCCUUCCACUGCCUCAUGGCGUGCCACAGGGCACCAUACUAUCACCAUUAUUGUUCUGUAUUUAUACAAAUGACAUUCCAGCGAUCCCACUAUCAAGCAAUAUCGACUCCUAUGUCGACGACUCAAAACUUUUUCUGACGUUCAGUAUGAAAGACGUAGGCUAA